UUGAAAUCGGUUGACAAUGACAUGAUUACGUUAUACAUUGCGGCAUUACCCUACUUUGUUCGAGGACAAAAGCGAGCCCUUAUAAUUUUGGCAUUAUUUACCAAAUGUCAGCUGGAUAAUAUCAUUUAUGACAACUUUCGUGUUUAUUGAUGAUCACUGAAACAAGGCUUGUGAAAGUUAAAUACAUUUAUUCAUACACAGGGACAGCGAAUAUUUGUUACACUGACUAAAAGUGUUACAAAGGACUUACAGUUAUUGUACAACUAGUUGUUAAAGGACUACGAAAUCUGUUUACUACAAGUCCGGUAUCAAUCAUAACAGAUAUAGGUUCCUAACAAUUGAGCGAGUGAAUGAAUAAAACAAAAUUAAUGCUAGAUAACGGCGCGCAACCGUCACAGUGGGUCGCCGUUCAGCAGUUAGACGCAUUUCGUUGCGAAAGGCGGUCGUGAUGGUGCUCGUGCUGGCCGCGGUCGCGGCUGCUUGCGCCGCUGUUUGGCUCUCACAAGGAUUCCUUUGUAUGUUUGUGGCAUUCGUAGUUCUCGGUGUGUUAUAUCUCCUUGCAUUUCAUUCAAGAUGGUGUUACGUCGCAUUAAAAACUGCCCCGAGAGAUUUAAGAGCCCUUUUUUCAUAUGUAAAAAUCCUUUGGAUAACUAAGAAGUUUGCCCGUAAUGAAGUGACAAUACCAGAUUGGUUUCACGAAGUGGUGAACAGGCAUCCUGAUAAGCCAUGUUUCUUGUUCCAAGAUGAAGUGUGGAGUUUUAAAGAGGUGGAAGACUACAGUUUGCGGGUAACAGCAGUGCUUAAAGCGCAAGGUAUAAAGAAGGGUGAUAUUGUUGGGCUACUGGUGAACAACUGUCCGCAACAGCCGGCUCUAUGGAUGGGCAUAGCGCGGCUGGGCGCUAUAACACCCCUGAUCAACACCAACCAGCGCGGCAACGCUCUCAUACAUUCUAUAAACGUCGCAAAGUGUGAUGCACUGAUCUUCUCCGAUGAGUACCAACCUGCAAUCCAAGAUGUAGUAAAAGAACUAAGUCCGUCAUUAAAGCUGUACAAGUUCAGUCACCGGCCCUUGAACACGUCGAAUGCGAAGUCCGAAGGCGGUGGUGACGCGAUCACGGACUUUACCAACUUGCUGGAGACCACGCCACCAGCGCCCUGGACCUUGGCCAACGCUGAUGGCUUUCAAGGCAAACUCCUGUAUAUCUACACAUCUGGAACCACAGGGCUUCCUAAGGCUGCUGUUAUAUCAAAUGCCAGGUUUGUUUUCAUGGCGACUGGUCUCCACUAUAUGGGCUUAGAAGGCCAGGAGGUCCUGUACUGUCCUCUGCCUUUAUACCACACCGCUGGAGGAGUGAUCAGUGUGGGUCAAGCGCUGAUAAUGGGCGUCACUGUAGCCCUCAAAGCCAAGUUCUCAGCUUCUCAGUACUUCCCCGACUGCAUCAAAUAUAAUGCGACGGGUGCUCACUACAUCGGCGAGAUGUGCCGCUACGUGCUAGCGACGCCGCCAUCGCCGGCAGACACACAACACAGAGUACGAGUCAUCUACGGCAACGGACUCAGACCACAGAUUUGGAAGGACUUUGUGAAAAGGUUUAAUAUUAAAUCGGUGUCAGAGUUCUACGGCGCGACUGAAGGAAAUGCCAACAUAGCGAAUACGGACGGCACACCGGGAGCCAUCGGUUUCGUAUCCCGUAUCUUCCCCAGCGUGUACCCGAUAGCCAUCAUCAAAGUCAACCAAGAGACUGGCGAGCCUGUAAGGAAUGCUAUGGGGCUUUGUCAAUUGGCACAACCCGACGAGCCUGGUGUUUUCAUCGGUAAGAUCCAGUCUCACAACCCAGCGCGCCAGUACCUCGGCUACGUGGACAAAGACGCGUCGGAGAAGAAGGUCGUCAGGGAUGUGUUCCAGUUUGGAGAUGCGGCAUUUAUAUCAGGUGACAUCUUAGUAGCAGAUGAGCUGGGCUACUUGUUCUUCCGCGACCGCACGGGGGAUACAUUCCGCUGGCGCGGGGAGAAUGUCUCCACGACGGAGGUGGAGUCCGCAAUCUCGAGAUUCGCGGACCAUCGAGAUGCCGUCGUCUAUGGAGUUUUGGUUCCAAACACGGAGGGUCGCGCUGGCAUGUGCGGUAUAGUAGACGUGGAUGGUACGCUUGACUUAGUGAAGCUGGCGACCGACCUGGCUCGCGACCUGCCCGUGUACGCCCGGCCUGUGUUCCUCAGGGUCAUGGAUAGCGUGGAUAUGACUGGUACAUUCAAAAUGAAGAAGACUGAUCUGCAAAAGGAUGGUUUCGAUCCGAAACUGGCCAAAAACGACAAACUAUACUACUUAGAUCUAAAACAAGGUCGAUACCUACCACUAGGGGUGGAAGAGUACGAAAGAAUCAUAAGUGGACAAAUUAGGCUGUGAUCCAGACAAUCUGUUGUUUUUCAGUGUUGUUAUUAAUUGAUAGUAGCAUAAAUAGUACGCUUUGUCUUUUGAAGCGAUUAUAAAUGUUAAAGGUACCUUCCUUCAUGGUAACUUAGAACCUACACGAGAAACUUUUUGUAUGAGCCGAGCUGUUGCUGUACGCUUUCAUACGGGACAAUAAAAAUGAAUACUUUAUCUAAAUAAUUAUAAGUAGUCUAAAACUGAAAGAGAACGUGCUACUUUCUGCAUACGAUAAGAAAAUUAUGUCGUAUGUAUUCAUUUAGAUUCCUGUACGGUUGGCGUUAAAGCACAAAAUAUCAAUUAUAAUUAACAAUAGCAAAUAGUUGAAGAAACCAUGAAUGUAAUUUAAUGUAAUAUCAACUUAUCAAAAAAAAGAUUAGGUGUUAUGUCAUUGACUAAAUAAACCCGAUUUUAGUAAUGAUCUUCCUCCUGUCUAGAGCUAAACUCGUCCCUAAUUUCUGAAAGUUUUAUUGUAAUCUGUUGUCAUGUAUUCUUAUCACAAAUGUGAUCUAUCAAAAGAUUAAAUACCAACUAAACAAAAAAAAAAUUACAGCACUUGGCAUGUACAUGUAUGGCAGAUGAUUAGCUAUUUCUUAUUUUGAUCAUCUUUUCGUAAACCAAGGACUUGCAGUCUUUACAAUAGUUUGUGGGUAGAGGAAAAAGAAUAGCGAGCCAUGAUUAUUUAUAUCAAUAUCAAAUAUUUCAUGCACAAAGGCGGAUUUGAAACAAAUAUAUUAAUUAAUCACUGAGUUCAAAUCAUGUUGUAAGGUAAGCGCCCUUUUCACGCUAAAAUCCUUUUUUUAAAUGCUCAUAGAAACGUUUUUUUUUUUGUUACUGUUUAGGCAGUUUUUGUAUGCUAGGUAAACGGCAUACAAAAACAUUAUAUUUAGUAGAUAAAAUUUACAAUCUAUCGCGACCUUACUUGUAUUACACGUAAACUAAGUAAACCAUUAAGGCUGCUUCGAAUCAUACAUUCUUAAAAAGAUAUGUAGUGUUAUCAUUAGCAAUACUCCUUAAUGUUGUUGCUAAAAAAAUAAUUUUAGGAGGCGAGGGAAUCUAUGAAUUUAAUAUAGCAUUUUUAUCGAAAUAAUCGGGGAAUACGAUCAAAUUUUCCGUUUGAUAUACUUUAUACAAUUAUUUGCGUAGAAAAAGCUUUUUAUGACAAAAAGGACACUUUUUUAUGACCUGUCGACAGUGUUAGUGUUAGUCCACCUUUCCGGACAAGAUGAAAACAAUCUUUCUGUGAAAAGAAAAGCAAUGUGUUUGUUUUUCUUAGCUAUAUAGGCUAUUCCUACAUCUUAACAGAUACAAUUUUAUAAAUACGUGUCAGAAUAUUCGAAUAAAAUUAUUGAUGUUAUUAUUAUUUAAUUUUUAUCUUACUUAUAGUCAGUGUGAAAGCCGAAUACUAAAAGAACCUUAAUUUUAAGAGGCGAUUGAACGACACAAUCUUUUCUAUGUCUUACGAACUAAAAAGAAAUCUUGAGGCGAAUUAAUAAUUAUUUGAUGUAACCAUUUACUCACAAGUAUUUAUUUGGAUAGACCGACUACUUUCGGACUUGCGGAUCCAAUUAGACUCCUUAAUCAUGAGGUGCGCCUAAAUGGUGAGGUGAGUAAAUCGAACAUAGACCUUAAUGAAAGUUGAAGCCCUCAAGUCUGAUGCCGUCACUGUCAAUUUACUGUGUCUAGAAGAGACAGAUGUACAUCUGAGACCGUCUUAAAAUUAAGUUUCUUUCCAGUAUUCGGAAGUAAGACAUCCAACCAACUCUAUACCUCAUUUCUCUUCAAAAUGUUACUUUGUUAAUACUUUUCAUGAGUAAAAAACAAGGCUUUGUAAAAAGUAUUGUACUUAAACAGUGUCUCUGGUGUGGGAAUAUUAUUAUUCUUUCAAUAAUGUUGUAUUUAGAUUAAGUCGUCACAAUGUUAUUUUUUUUAUUCAAUAAUCGAAAAUUCUCAUUAUUAUAAUUUUAUAUAAAUAUACACCCGAUAUGAAGGUCUUUCAUAAAUACUUGCCUUGUAUAAACUAUAGUAGCUAAUUUUAUUUACGUUUUUACAAAUUCAAAUAAAUUUCGGUCUUAAUUGAGACUAAGAUUAUUUUGUUGUCAAUUUUAUUAUAUUUUUGUUGUAUGAAUUAGAUUCUAAGAUUAUUUAAUGGUAUGGGAUAUGUUGGAAAAACUACAUUAAAUGUAUAUUUUCAUACA